CAAAGUAUUAUUAAGGGCCUGAGUCAGGAAUUAAGAGGAAGCAAAUCUCUAUACUAUUUAUAAACCAUUUCUGAAAAUGAGGGAAGCGUAUAAUUAUUCUGAUAAUUCGCGCUAUUUUGGGGAAUGGAAUGAUGAGGGUCAGAGACACGGAAAAGGAAGAUUAGAGUUUUCAGAUGGUUCCACUUACGAUGGAGAAUUUGAAAAUGGUUUAUUCUGCGGCUACGGUAUAUUAGAGAUGAAAGAUGAGUCUAGAUAUGAGGGUCAAUUUUACAAUGGUAAAUUUCAUGGUACGGGUAUAUUUCGACGAGCCGAUGGGACUCAGUUUGAAGGACAGUUCAAAGAAGGAAAAGUAUGGGGGUCCGGAUUGAUGACAUUUGCAGACGGAAGUCAUGGACUACCUCGAAAUGAGGGCUACUUUGAAGGAACAAUGCUGGUUAGGAGAGAAAAGUGUCUAGAAGUGUUGAAAAGAGCAAAUGAUAGCGCUGAAAAAGCUCUAAAUAUAGUAAACGACUUUUAA